CUUAAGCAGUAACCAACAUGUUUUCCAAAAGGAUGGACAUGCUGUAGCGUGGUGGUCUGUUGGACGGAAUGGCAGCACCAAGGGGUUUGAUAUCAAUGCUGACUUCUCAAUGAAGAUAUACUACCUUACACCCCAACACAACAAACAGCUAUUCAGGUGUUUGGUUGUCCCAGCUGAUGGUUCUGAAGAUUGUACCCAUGACGCUACAUUACACAUCUAUGCUAAACCCGAAGAACCACCUGCCAUUGAAUACACUCGACAUUCUGACCAAACUGGUGGCUGCAAUGUGACUUGUUCCAUAUCACACGUUUUCCCUCUGACCUUCCCAGUAUUUGGAUCCAAAGAAGAAAAUGGAAGUAAAGGAAUCCUACUGAAUAAUGACGGCACGUUCAACACAAAUGUGACGACAUACUUUUCAAGGGUAGAUGGUGAUACCACCAUAGAAUGUCUGUACUCAUUAAGGAAUUUUAAGAGCAAGUCUUCUUUACGAAUCGUUGAUUAUGGUGACAUCAGUGAGCGAGAUGGGGAAGAAGAUUGCGUGGAUAAGAAUAAUACUGAUUCCAACUUCAGAUGCAGAAGUCCAGGAUUGUGGUUGCUAUGGACAAUACUGAUAAUGGAAGUCCUAUUAGUGGUCCUUAUCUCCUACACGAUAAUGAUUGGUCGUCUCCUCUUGAGAAUUGCUAAUCGCGACUCAAAUCAUGCGGAUGACAGGCUUGGGCAUGGUGGAGCAGCCAAUCUUGAAUAUGACGAUACCACUGUGGCAAAUUUGAAUAGCAAUAGUUCAGAAAAUAGAGAGAAUACGUUAAUUUCUAGAAAGCUGUUCCAUUAUUUCUUUGCAGCCAUUAUUUCUUUGGUUAUCCACAUGUCUAUCCUAAUCAUGGUAAUAAUACUCUUAUAGUUGGAUAUCUAGCGUAUACUAGCGCGUAUGCAGGAUUUUGCAGUUUUGGCGCCCCUGUGAACUUUCCGAAAAACGGCACCCCCAGCCAAGUAAACAUAAGUACCUUAAAUGCAGUAUGAGUAGCUAUCUAAACAAUUAAUGCGAGCGCGAAACGCGAGAUGAAAAAUUUUGAUAUUCUGACCUAAAAUUUGGACAUUCUAAGCACUCUUGGCGAAUAUGAAAAAAUUGGUAUCUAUAAAUAAUUUUUAAUUUUGAUAUUCCGACCAAAAGCUGGACAUUCUAAGCACAUUUUUUAACCAUGAAUAGGAUGGGUAUAUGAACAAUAGUGCGAGCGCGAAUGGCGAGCUGAAAAAGGCGUGAUAUUCUUACAUACAUUUUGUAUAUUCCAAGCAUCUUCUGUAAUCGUCAACAAGAUGGUCAUCUCACUAUAAAUUUAGGCGAGCGCGAAGGGUGAGCAGAAAGUUUUUGAUAUUUUGCCCAUAAAAGCUUACCAUUUUUGAUAUUCCGACCUAAAGUUGGACAUUCUAAGCCUAUCUUGUAUCCAUGAAUAUGCUAGGUAUCAAUCUAAACAAUUGAAGCGAGCGCAAAGCUGAAAAAAAUAUAUAUAUAUUCUGAUCUCAAAUUUGUACAUUCCACGAACUCUUGUUAAUCAUGAAUAGGAUGAGUGUCUAACAAAUAAUUGUAUGCGACUGCAAAGCGUGAGCUUAAAAAUGUUUAUAUUCCGACCUUAAGCUUAACAUUUUUGAUAUUCCAACCUAAAGUUGGACAUUCUAAACAUAUUUUUAUCCAUGCAUAUGAUAGGUAUCAAUUUAGGUAACAAUUGACGCAAGGGCAAAGCGCGUGCUGAAAAAAAAAUAAUCUGAUCUCAAAUUUGGACACGCUAAGCACUUUUGGUGAUCAUGAUCUUAUGCUAGCGCGAAGCGUAAGCUAAAUUUUUUAUAUUCCGACACAAAACUGGCCAUUCUAAGCACAUUUUGUAGUCAUGAACAAGAUUGGUCAUCGAACUGUAAAGCAAUUGAUGCAAGCGCGAGGCACGAGCUGAAAAUUGUUGAUAUUUGAGCCUUAACCAUUGGACACCAUGAACACUUUAUGUAAUCAUGAACAGGAUAGCAUCGAACUAAUUGAUGCGAGCUCGAAGCUUUAAAUAAAAGUUUUUCAUUUUUCGACCCAAAAAUGGACGUUCUAAGCACUUUUGUAAAUAUGAACAGUAUGAGUAUCUAUUCAAGCAAUUGAUAGGCGACCCACAGUUGGACAUUCUAAGCAGUUAUCUAACCAUGAAUAGGACCGAAUAGGACCAAUUGAUGCGAGUAGAACUAGAUG